UUCUUGUUCUUUUUAGUCAUAAAAUGUUGUCAACAUGCAGUUGUUAUGUCAGACAUGCGUUAAUAUUUAGAAGUCCCCGCUGAAGAUGGAUGUUGAUGAGCAGGCUCCACUGUGCCUCACCUCCUACAUGUUCUACUUCAAUAUGUCGAGGAUGACCAUCAUGAUUCGUCUGGGCCUGUCUCUUCUGCUUCUGGUGUGGUCUGCCGCGAGUGCGUUUGGAGAUCAACAACCUGCUUCAGCAAGCAUAAGCAAGACGAGCGGGAGUAAUUACGAUAAUCCCGAGGACGAGAACUCGGUUUAUCACUACAAUGAGGCUGGCAGUCUCAACGAUAUCGUGGAGGGUGGCAAAGGUAGCUCUACCAAAACAGCAGAUGGCACGAUAUCGAAAUUGCAAGAAGAUAGACAGGAGAGUGACCUGUUGCCGAAGUCAUCUUCGCUGAAGAAACGCGAUACUGCGUCGACGCCUGUAGUCGCUGACGGCGGCACAGGUACUGGCGCUCCAACAACAACAAGUCGUGUAGACCAUGACGAGGUGAGUGUCCCUGAAACAACUCCAACAACUUCUAGCGAAGAUGUUGAUGGAAAAGGUGAGGACGAUCAGCACGCAAAGACUGAGACUCCGAUAGAAGCUUUUGAUCGAUGGGUUUUCGGUGGUGAGAUGAAGAAAGAGAAUAUUGAGAUGAAGGCGAAAACAUCAUCUACUUUGACUUCCACCUCGAAAUCGACUGCCAGUGCUACGAAAACAGACUCGUCUUCAGUCUCAAGACCGAAUGAUGCUACAUCUUCCGACCAAGAAUCCACUGAAGCAGUAGCUGCUGGACCUCCCAGAAGACUCUCUCUAAGCGAGCAUCUCGUCAAUUUCACAAUUUCGCUGGCUUUACUUUCGCUUACUUUACUUCCACUAGCUGGUUGUCUUUGGUGGCUUAUCUUAGUGAUGGUGGGACAAUACCGUUUAGAACAGGAGUCGGAACGAAUUCUGUUGCAGUUAGACGCCGGUAAUUCUUGGCGACUACAAGGAAUGGAAGGAGAACAAGGACCGCAAGGACAAGCAGAGCAACGAAGUGAACCGAUAUUGACACAACAAGGAGGAAAAGGAGGUAGAAAUGGUGGCGGGGGGCAGGCGAGAGCGAGUACGUCUGGUAACAUACGGACUUCGCCACAGCGGUUAACCAACAAUACGAUACGGCAAAGGUAAUAUUUCCGUGAGAGAUGAGAAGUUCUUCAAGUACUACUAAGACUAACUCUUGAAUUUAUGAUACUGAUGUUGUAGCAACAAACCUUUUCGUCGACAAUGAAUUAUGACGACCUUCACUCCUCCACCUCCUGGAGGAGUCCUCCAAUCACAAAUCAACUACUCCCUACACACUCACGCAGCGCAUCAACCGGCGGCAUUUCACCGGGUGUAGAAACGGCUUUUUACCUCUCGCAGGCUUUUCAACUCUCCCCGGGUCAAAAACUGUCUUAUCCGCCUUCGUUAUCGUCUAGUAAACAAGAGAUUGAGAUUGACGAUGUGCAAACAACAAAUGUGUCAUGAAUGAUUCUUCUUGUUGACCGGAUGAUAAUAUGCAUACCAAGUACAAGUAGCAUACCAGGUAGACAACCGCAUCUUCGCCUUAUCGGCAAUUGUUUUUAU